AUGGCCACAAAUCCCGAUCUAUCGUUUCUAUCGAUAGCAUUCCUCACGUUCGAAGCCGUUCUCGAGGUUGUGUUAAUAUGUUUUGCCGGAUUCAUUGCUGCUCGUGUUGGGCUUCUUAAUGUGGCGGCACAAAAGGUCAUUUCACUGCUUAAUGUCGACCUUUUCACGCCAUGUUUGGUGUUUUCCAAGUUGGCGCCAUCGCUCUCGUUCCAACGAAUGGCUGAUAUCAUCAUAAUACCCAUUUUCUACGCCGUUAGUACCGGCAUUUCGUUUGCUUGCUCUCGCGUGGUGUCUCGAUUUUUGCAUUUGAACGAACCGGAAGGAGACUUUGUCACUGCCAUGGCAGUGUUUGGCAAUUCCAACUCGUUGCCGGUGUCGCUCACUUUGUCGUUGGCUUACACCCUCCCGGAUUUGCUCUGGGAAGACAUUGAUAACGACAAUUCCGACCAGGUUGCCAGUAGAGGUAUCCUCUAUUUGCUCAUUUUCCAGCAGUUGGGCCAGAUACUAAGAUGGUCCUGGGGCUACAACAAGCUCUUGCGACUGCGGUCGCAGUUGGAGCUUAAUUCCAUGCCGGGAAGCGUCUUUCACGAUGAAGAACAAGAACCACCAAAUAGUCCUGCGCCGGAAUCAAAUGACGCCAUGGCAUCGCUUUUGAAUCAUUCCCAGCCGACCAGCAACUAUACUGCCACACCAGGUGAAUCGUCGCUGGAUGCGUCGCUGGAAGUUGAACCCAAACUCUCGGCGUUUCUCUCGCGACCUUUUACAUUCAUUCGUCAUUACUGGCGAAUGUUUGCUGCUUUGCCAGGCGUACGCCUGUUUCUCGCGUUCAUGAACCCACCCUUAUAUGCCAUGUUCAUCUCCAUCUUGGUGGCCUCAGUUCCAGCAAUUCAAAAGGCAUUUUUCGGUGAUACUUUCUUGCACAAUACGCUUACCGAAGCUGUCACUCAACUAGGAUCGGUAUCGAUUCCACUUAUUCUUAUCGUGUUGGGCCUGAACCUCCACCCUUCAAACGACCUUCCAGCUCCUGCCAAAAACCAUACCAAAAUCGUCAUGGGGUCUUUGAUUUCUCGUAUGAUCAUUCCACCCAUAAUCCUCCUUCCCACCAUUGCACUCUGUGUGAAAUACAUCAAUGUUUCAAUCUUGGACGACCCGAUCUUCCUCAUUGUGGCAUUUAUUCUUUCCAUUUCACCACCUGCUAUCCAGCUUUCACAGAUUGUGCAACUCAACAACAUCUACCAACAAGAAAUGGGGUCUGUUCUUUUCUGGGGCUAUGUCGUUUUGACACUCCCAACCACCAUUUUUAUUGUUGUCACCAGCUUGGAAGUGAUCAAGUGGACCGCUUAG